AGACGACAUAGAGAGCGGCAGUGAAAGAGGCCGACUGACAGACUGAGAGAAAAAAAGAGAGAGAGAGAGAGAGAGAGAGAGAGAGAGAGAGAGAGAGUGAGUGAGUCACCAAAUAGCUUGCGCUCUCAGUGUCAGUUUUAUUCCAACCACGGACAGCUGCUGUGAUCGAGCCAGAGAGGAAAGAGAAAGAGAGAGAGUUUUCACAGAAAGAGAAGAGAAGAGAAGAGAAAAGAGAAAAGAGAGGGAGAGAGAGAGGGAGAGAUGGAUUCAGAUUCGGGUGAGCUGAGUGAAGGAGAGCUUUCUCCAGGGCCCGAGAUCUUCAACUCGAAGAACCUGGCCCUGCAGGCACAGAAGAAGAUCCUAAGCAAGAUGGCAACCAUGGCGGUGGCCAACCUGCUGACGGACGACACGAGCAGCUCUAUACUUGACGAGCUGUACAAGGCGAGCAGAGAGUACACCAAGAGCAAGAAGGAGGCACACCGCAUCAUCCGUGAUGUCAUCAAGAUUGCGCUAAAACUCGGCGUGCUCUACCGUAACCGGCGCUUCAGCACUGACGAGCUCGAGGCGGUUGAGCGCUUCCGCAAGAAGCUGAACCAGGCAGCCAUGACGGCCGUGAGCUUCCAUGAGGUGGAGUUCACCUUCGACCGUGGAAUCCUGUCUCAGCUGCUCCUCGAGUGCAGGGAUCUACUCCACGAGAUUGUGGAGAACCACCUGACAUCACGCUCGCAUGCGCGCAUCGAUCGCGUCUUCAACCACUUCUCCGACGUCCACUUCCUGGCCGAGCUCUACGGCCCCGGAGACGAGUAUAGACUCUACCUGAGCAAAAUCUGUGAUGGGAUAAACAAACUUCUGGAUGAUGGGAUACUUUAGCGACUUCUUACCUUUCUCCUUGUUUCCCGUCUCUCUUCUGCCCUGCUCCUUUUUCUACCAGACUGCCAAUCAAUCUCCUCCAUUUUUCUGUUCUAUCUCACUGUUCUCUUCAACCAUUUCACCAACAUCGUUUCUUCGUACUUCAAACAUUACACGUUUCAGAUUGUGUAAUGACCAGGAUUCAGUGAGGCCCCACCCUCUGACAUAAUAGAUGCUGUUUUAUUGGCCAAAAUCAACCACAUGAUCACUGACACUGAUAGACAUAGGUCAUGGUACCACGAGUGUUAUACUAGUAACAGACUGAAAUAAGUUGAAGAAUAUUGUUUACUAAAGCUAUGUGGAUUGUGUUAGCUUGCUAUUAACUGAGCUAGUACACUCUUAGGAUGUUUAGAACCCUUAAACUUCAGUGGUUUCGUAAUCAGUAGAACCAUUUUUGGUAGCUAAGAAUCCUUAAUUAUCAAAUAAAUCUUUAAACGACCCCCAUUGUCGUGUUGCUAUAGUAAAAUACUGAGUGAUGGAGUGGUGUGCUGAAAAACAGAAUUACUCUCAUGACCCGGGAGUUGAUUAAUUUCCUAAAACAGCACGCACCCUAAUGUUUAUUCCUCUUAUACCAUAGUGCUUUUCCAACAAUUUAAAUUUUUUUAUUUAUUAAAGAAUUACAUUUAAUGCCCAUGAAACAAACCAGUUCCUGUUGUCACUUACGUUUUAGCAGCUAUAAACAGUCAUUCCCUCACCAGCCUCUCUUUCUUCUGUAUCUAGAAGUUAAUAAGACAGAAAUACGCAGCUUGUCUUGUUACCAAUAAACCGCAAAGAAGCGUAAACUCCUCCGUCCUGAAGAUGUCCAAAAGGUUACACUUUUACCUCUGACACUGAAGAAUCAUUCCAUAAAUAUUAAAAUUAAAUAAAAAUCUUACAGAAAGCUACACCAUAUUAACGAUUAGACACAUUUUUCCAUCUGAUUAUGUAGAGCGUCUGCUGUACACGUCCCUGUGAAUGAGCUGUUACUAUAGCAACCAUAACUUAUUCGAAAAAGCGCAUUAAUAUAAACCUGUGAUUUGUAGCUGCACUACUGUCAGAGCUGCUGUUAUAGAAAAUUAAUCAGCCCCUUCUGACCAAUCAGAAUCCAGAAUUCAGCAGUGCUGUGGUUUAAAGCGGAAAAUAUCACAGGUUGCAGUGACUUGUUGCCGUGAGUCUGUUGAUGUAGAAUUAUGGGAUGUUCAGAAAGCAGUAUCGUGACAUAAUUUAUUGCGAUAUCGAUAUUGUAUUGCUAUAUCGCCCCACCCUAAAACUCCUCAACAGUAGAACAUUUUAGUGUAGCACUUACUCCAUUCGCAUUGAUGUUUUCCUCCACCCCAUCUCAUCUUCCCAUUCUUCUUCUCUUCUUCUCUUUUCCCUCCACUUCUUUAUGGACACUCACUUCUUCAAACUGACUGACAGCAUGAACAAUCGCCUGGAUGAUGGCGUGCUUCAGCCACUUACUCCUCUCUGAUCUUUCCUUCAUUUCGGUGUCUCUUUGUCAUUUUUAUUACUGUUUCACUUCCUGUAUAAUUCCAGACUGGUGUUUCAGCUGAUGUUCUCCUCUGGUCUUCUCUUUCUCUACCUGCCAUGGUACUAGACUCGGUUUGUUUUUUUUAAUUAUUAUUUUUUCCUCUUACUGCAGAGGGAAGACAGGAUGCUCACAACGCUAUGAUGUUGUUUGUAUCCAAACCUCUGCAUGUGUGUUUGUGUGUGUGUGUGUGUGUGUGUUCUGAGCUUCUGUUUUCAUCACAUGCACUGUGUGACGUUAUGAGAAAAAUCACAUGCAAUGAAAAGUGGCUUUAGCUUGUAUGUAUUGCAUGUGUGUGUAUUGGUGUGUGUGUGUGUAUUUGUGUGUGUGUCUGUGUGUAAGGGGGGACUGAAAAUAAAAACUAUUUGAUUUA